AGAGAGAGAGUGAAAGAGAAACACUCAAGCUGGGUCGCUGCUGUGUGUUUAAAUAUUGAGCAGAGCUAAUCCUGCAUCUGGCACUCACAAGGCUUGGUUAAAAGCAUCACAGACUGAUCUGAGCAGCCGCAAACACUUCAGGGGGUUACAGAACCGCUUUCUGCCAAACUACCCCAAGGGCUGAAGUCUGCACUUUGGAUCCAACAAAAGGCAUCUACUUCUCUGACAUUGCAAAAAGCAUUAUACAGCAAAGAGAACAAAAGCAAUGAAUACUAUGCUGUUAUUGGUAUUGCUUUCAGUCCUAACCACCAUGAAGACAUGUCAGGGAUACUGUGAAGAGUCCGACGAAGAACCUGCUGCCAGUGGCCUUCAUGUAAAGACAUCAGACACUACAGGUAAGCUGCCCUCUCUGCUGAUGAAAAGAUUCUUUGACGGACUUUCCCAUGAUGGAUUUGUGGGUUUGAUGGGCAAACGAAAUAUUGGUACCAAGGAAAUUCCUCAACUGCAGAAAAGAGAUAUGCAUGACUUUUUUGUUGGACUCAUGGGAAGACGAAAUGCUGAACUAAGUAACCUUAAUGGACUAAACAAGGAGGCAUCACCUGAUGUUGAAAGUCCUGUCCUUCCAAGCAAGUGCAGAAUGAGGUUCCGUCAUGCCUAAACUGUUCACAAGACUGAGCAUUGAAGGGGCAAGAAUAUAACUUCAUCUGCCACAAUUCACCACAUUUUAAACUUGAAAAUCCUAUUUUAUAUAAUGAGAAAUUAUUCUGAAUGUAGCAGUGUAAAUGUGUUUGUUCCCCUUAUCAGUGCUGUACAUCUUUGGACUGUGUAUAUACAUACAAAAAACAGCAGCAGAAUCAUCUCUCUCUGUCCAUAUUUAUUCAUAUGCAAAGUAGAUUAAAUAUAGUCAACACUUUUAUACUUA